AUGUCUGCUGAAACGGGCCAGAAUGCAGCCAUCGAUGUUAUCGACAAUUGGGAGGAUGAUCCCGAGCAAGCUGUUCAAAUGGUAGAGCAGAAAAUGAAACAGGUCAAACUAUUAAAGCGAAAUGAGGAGGAUCGGAAAGCAAUGGCCCAGAAGAGGAUGCAAGAGGAAGAGGCACGAAAAGAACUUGAAGAACUUGAAAAGGAAAAACGGACGGCAAUGGGAAUCUCACAAACAGAUGAGGCAAGCACUGCCGAGGAACCGCCCAUACAAGUGAAGCUGUUGAAACGUCCAAAUGGAGGUGGCGGCUUCAAUACGGCAAAUGGAAGAAAACAUGAAGAAGCAAAACCAAGGAAAACUUUGGAGGAAAGGCAAGCUGCUUACGAUGAGGCGAGAAACCGAAUACUCGGCGAGGGUUACAAGUUCGAAGAGGAAGCGGCAUCAGCACCAGUUGUUGAAGCCCCUAAACCAACAAGGAGUAAAAGCCCUGAGAUCAUACGUGUUUCACGAAACCCUCCUCUUGUGAACCAACCGCCUUCCUUAAUGAAUACGGUUUUUGCUCCGCCGGUUCACCCAAUUCACGUACAACAUGGCCCCCCUCCUUUCUAUCCAAUGCAAAUGCCGUCUCAUCAGCCACCAGCUUUUGUGCAACCUGUUUUUCCAGGCGUUUCGGCUUUUGCUGCACCUUUAUACAACGAUCAUAUGGAACAAAACAGAGUUAGUGGUUCAACGAGUCCUCCUCAAGAGUAUACGACACAUUUUGACGAAUUCAUUGCCAGUCAAGGGACCGGUCGCCCGUUGCUUUAUUUUGAUCCUUCAAGGCCACCACCUCCACUAGUGUCGCAAGUUAAUCCAAGAAUGGUGCACGAGGGCCGUCAAACAGUUUUCUAUACGGGAAGAAUGCCGCAGCAGCCACCACCAUCAAUAUUGCAACAGCCACCAAUUUCCAGUCAAUCAUUCAGGCCAGCUCCUCAGCAAAUGGUUUAUUCGGAUCAGAUACAAAUCAAAAAUCUCAACUGCGCCUCUCAAUCCAACAACAAUUUAACCAAGCGAAAAAGCAAAGGCAAAAAGGGAGCAAAACCUGAUUCACUAGAGAAAAGU